GAAGCGCUGCCCGGUCCGCCCGAGGGCUCCGGCCGGGGCGCGGGGCGCCGGGAGCCUGCGCCGGGCCCGGCAGCUGGGGGGGCGGGCGGGCGGCGUCCUUUCGGCGAGGCUGGGGUCGCGGCUCCGACCUCCACUCCUGCCCCCGGGGACCCUGGGGCCGCCGGAUCCCCGAGCGCGGUCCGCCCCGCUCUGCCGCUCCUCCCAGCCGCACGGCUCCCCCCGCCCGAGUCCCCAGAAACUCUCGAGCCCUGGCGAGUCCACAGAGUCACGGCUGUCGGUGCCUGGGCGAGAAUCUCUCCAGGGGCGCCCGGGAGCCGACAGCCCCCUGCCUCCGAGGCAGCCUCCCUCGGGUGAAUGGGGCUCCCAAGAAAACAGCCCGGCCGAGUGGUGCUCUCCUCGAACCACUCGAUGCUGAAGCCCACUCGGCAGGUGAUGCAACAGUACUGGAUGAAUGAAUACACCUCGUCCAUCGGAAUUGGAGUUUUUCAUUCAGGAAUUGAAGUGUAUGGCAGAGAAUUUGCUUAUGGUGGCCAUCCUUAUCCCUUUUCUGGAAUAUUUGAAAUUUCCCCAGGAAAUGCUUCUGAACUAGGAGAAACAUUUAAAUUUAAAGAAGCUGUAGUUUUAGGGAGCACAGACUUCCUGGAGGACGACAUAGAGAAGAUCGUGGAGGAGCUGGGCAAGGAGUACAAGGGCAACGCCUACCACCUGAUGCACAAGAACUGCAACCACUUCUCCUCGGCGCUGUCGGAGAUUCUCUGCGGGAAGGAGAUUCCUCGCUGGAUCAAUCGGCUCGCCUACUUCAGCUCCUGCAUCCCCUUCCUGCAGAGCUGCCUCCCCAAGGAGUGGCUCACCCCCGCCGCCCUGCAGUCCAGCGUCAGCCAGGAGCUCCGGGAGGAGCUGGAGGAGGCGGAGGACGCGGCCGCCGCCGCCCCCGUGGCCGGCCCUGCGGCGGCCUCCAGACCCGGGCGCCACACCAAACUAUAAACGUCCCCAAAGUCACAGCCUCAGAACUGUCUCUGACCGGUGACUGUCCCUAGAGAAAAGUAAACGAGUUAAGAAGCGUCCUUUGGGUAUUUUGUAUGCAAAGAUGGCUCUCCCCCAAAUCCCAGUUUUUCAGCUCAGGAUUAUAUUUGUAAUCAAAAGAACCACUUGGCGUGGGAGGGAGAACUUUGUACGAAGCCGCCCUCUGGUUUUUUACCCACUUGUAAAUUGGGAUCUACUUCUGUUUUCUACAAGCUCUGUUAAGUUAUGUUUACAGUAUUUUGUAUCGCUGUUUACAAACUUUGCAUGGACUCCUGCCACCGUGACAGAAGGAACCCUUCACGUCUGUGGAGCUUCGGUGGGUCACCUUGGGACACCUGCGACAAUUUCCAGAGCUGCGGCGUCCGCACCCGGCACACGAAGGGCGCUCGGGCGGCUCUGGUCACCACCACCUGCUUGAGGAUGGUCUCUGAGGUCCGCGUGCGGUUCUGUUCGCCUUUGGGCACCGGGAUGCCGAGGCCGAGGAGCUCACGCAGCCCGGGGGUUAGGGGCCCGGGUCUGUGGGAGGGGUCCCGCCGGGCAGGGGCCGGCACCCCGGACACCUGUCCCCCCGGGCGGGCCCGCACGUCCCGCGAUGCCUCUGAUUCAGCGGUUAGGAUGGUUUUCAUUCGGGACAGGCUUGCUAGGGACGGAGGGGUGUUUUUGCACACACGUUGGGGGCCGCAUCCUCGUUUUAGCACGGACUCCUCCCUGCACACGGCCUCGCCCACGGGGCGGGGGUAGCCUAAGCGUUCGCCUCGUGAGUGGCAGCAGGAGUUGACAUUCAACUGCUUUUGAACUAUUCAGGCCGACUUUUUAUACUAGACCUUGAGCACUGGAGCCUGAAGCAACACUCUGCACAAAGGUCACAGUCUGUCCCCCGGCACUUUGAGAGCCGGCCCGCGCGCGUCGCGGCUUCGUCGCAGCUUCGUCGCGGGAGUAGUUUGACCUCAGAGUAGAAAAGCCUAGUCUCCUUGACCUCUUGUUGAAAGAUGUCUGUGUGUCUUCAGCUCCCUUUUCCUGUUCUCCCGUGUGUCUCUCUUGCGUAACGUCCUCUGAGAAGGAAACUGUCACCACAGAUAAGUCCUCGUUAGCAAGGACUCUGUCUGCUCACAUCUACUCCCUGUUUGACCCUUGGAUGUAAGAGCCGAGUCACUACAUGUCAGAUUCAAUCUUUCUGCCUUAAGAAUGAAUGUCCUCCAUAGAAUAUUGGGUGAGCGUAUAAAUUAUCCAAGGCAGUGACUUCAGCUUUAUAUAUAUUGUUAGUUUUAAAGUCACCUCCUUUUAUUUAAACUCCUAGAUUGGAUUGUUUGCUAUUGCUCUUUGUAAAGAUACAUAUCUUUCAGUAAAGGACAUUUUUAACUUU